CUCCGGCGAGGCUCUGACGUGAUCUCGGAGCACCUGGGCUGGGCAGGUAAGGGCCGGUGCGGGACCGGGAGCGGACCCCGCGGUCCCUACCUGCGCAGAGCCAGGUGUUUCUUACCUAGCCGGUGGAGGAGCGCGGUGGGACGGACGAUCUUAACUGGGGAGUUGGUUCGGAGGAACGUCCGCUUCUGGCAGCCGGAUUGAGGAAAAGAAACUUUGAGUGAUCCAGAGAAAGGAAAGCUGACUUGAGGCCCAGCUCUCAGAUCCCCGUGGAUACACUGCCUGCUCAUCUAUAUCAUGGCCCUCCACCCCCGCAGAGUUCGGCUGAAGCCUUGGCUGGUGGCCCAAGUGGACAGUGGCCUGUACCCUGGGCUCAUCUGGCUACACAGAGACUCCAAACGCUUCCAGAUUCCCUGGAAACAUGCCACCCGGCAUAGCCCCCAACAGGAGGAAGAAAAUACCAUUUUCAAGGCCUGGGCCGUGGAGACCGGGAAGUACCAGGAAGGGGUGGAUGACCCUGACCCAGCUAAAUGGAAGGCCCAGCUCCGCUGUGCUCUCAACAAGAGCAGGGAAUUCAACCUGAUGUAUGAUGGCACCAAGGAGGUGCCCAUGAACCCAGUGAAAAUAUAUCAAGUGUGUGACAUCCCCCAGCCCCAGGGCUCAAUCAUUAACCCAGGAUCCACUGGAUCUGCUCCUUGGGAUGAGAAGGAUAAUGAUGUGGAUGACGAAGAUGAGGAAGAUGAGCUCGAUCAGUCACAGCACCAUGUUCCCAUCCAGGACACCUUCCCCUUCCUGAACAUCAAUGGUUCUCCCAUGGCACCAGCCAGUGUGGGCAACUGCAGCGUGGGCAACUGCAGCCCCGAAGCAGUGUGGCCCAAAACCGAGCCUCUGGAGAUGGAAGUGCCCCAGGCACCCAUACAGCCUUUCUAUAGCUCUCCGGAGUUGUGGAUCAGCUCCCUCCCAAUGACUGACCUGGACAUCAAGUUUCAGUACCGUGGGAAGGAGUAUGGGCAGACCAUGACCGUGAGCAACCCCCAGGGCUGCCGGCUCUUCUAUGGAGACCUGGGUCCCAUGCCUGACCAGGAAGAGCUCUUUGGUCCCGUCAGCCUGGAGCAGGUCAAGUUCCCAGGUCCGGAGCAUAUCACCAAUGAGAAGCAGAAGCUGUUCACCAGCAAGCUGCUAGACGUCAUGGACAGAGGACUGAUCCUGGAGGUCAGCGGUCAUGCCAUUUAUGCCAUCAGGCUGUGCCAGUGCAAGGUGUACUGGUCUGGGCCAUGUGCCCCAUCGCUUGUUGCCCCCAACCUGAUUGAGAGACAAAAGAAGGUCAAGCUAUUUUGUCUGGAAACGUUCCUUAGUGAUCUUAUUGCCCACCAGAAAGGACAGAUAGAGAAGCAGCCACCGUUUGAGAUCUACUUAUGCUUUGGGGAAGAAUGGCCAGAUGGGAAACCCCUGGAAAGGAAGCUCAUCUUGGUUCAGGUCAUUCCAGUGGUGGCUCGGAUGAUCUAUGAGAUGUUCUCUGGUGAUUUCACACGAUCCUUUGACAGUGGCAGUGUCCGCCUGCAGAUCUCAACUCCAGACAUCAAGGAUAACAUUGUUGCUCAGCUGAAGCAGCUGUACCGCAUCCUCCAAACCCAGGAAAGCUGGCAGCCCAUGCAGCCCACCCCCAGCAUGCAGCUGCCCCCUGCCCUGCCGGCCCAGUAAUCACGAAUGCCAUCUUCCUUCUCUUUUUUUCUUUUUUUACAAUAUUGUACAUAGGGAUAUUUUUUAUUAUUCAGAUUUAACCAGCUUUUAAACCUUUCUUCUUUCUAACAAUGCUAGUACUCUCUGACUCUCCAAAUAUGCCUAGCUUGAAAGUUGAUUUAAUUUAUGGAAAAAAUAACCCUUCAUACUUUUUUUUUUAAACCUCCAAUGGUAGUGUAAUGUAGAAGGAAAUCUGGCCUGGAAGUUUGCAUACCAGGGUUCUGGCUGCAGCUUUGUUCCCAAUGGUGUGACCUUGAACCAGGUCAUUUAACCUCUGGGCUUCAGAUUCAGUGCUGUUCAAGUGAAGGAGCUGGAAUGAUGCCUGAAAUAAUGCCAGCUUUAAAACUCUGACUUGCUGACUUCAUUCUCCUUGUACAAGGCAAAACUGCCUGGAACAGAACCUUUCUGCCUUGUUCUUACACCACAUUUUUUUCUUGCUUUCAUUAAAGUCCCCUCAAGCACUGAUUUGUCCAGGAUUGAUCUCCCUUUGACCUGUUUUGCUAGUAUAGUAAGCCCGGUCUGUGGUGGGGGAAGUGAGAGGGAGGGGUGCCGGCUGGUUGCUUAGGAACCAGGCUUGAUAUCUAAAUGGAAAUCGGUGCCAAAGUCUGAAAGUCACCCAGCCUGUGGAGUAAAAGCUCAUAAACUGAGCUUCUAAAGGGAAGCUGUUGACACAGAAGGCGUAGGGAUUCUGUAGAAGAAUUGGUUGUCAGGUGUGCAACUUGUCGCCUCUCAAAUACAGGCAUACAGCGGAGAUAUUGUGGGGUCAGUUCUGAACCACCGUGAUAAAGUGAAUAUUGCAAUAAAGCAAGUCACACCAAUUUUUUGGUUUCCCAGUGCAUAUAACAGUUAUGUUUACAUUCUACUGUGGUCUGUUAAGUGUGCAAUAGCAUUAUGUCUAAAACUACAAAUGUGCAUAUCUUAAUUAAGCAAUGCUUGAUUGCUAAAAAAUGCUAACCAACAUCUGAGCCUUCAGUGAGUUGUAAUCUUUUUGCAAUAGUAACAGCCAAGAUCAUAGAUCACCACAACAAACAUAAUAAUGAAAAAGUUUAAAUGUUGUGAGAAUUAUCAAGAUGUGACACAGAGACAUGAUGUGAGCAAAUGCUUUUGGAAAAAUGGCACCAAUAGGGUUGCUUGAUGUAGGUUGGCUACAGACUUUCAAUUGGUAAGAAACACAGGAUAUGCAAAUUGCAAUAAAGCAAAACACAAUAAAAUGAGAUAUGUCC